AGACCAAUCGUUGUCGUGCUUGAGUUCUUCCGUAUUUCAAACCAUUGGCGGUUGACUUCCCUGCGUUUAAGUCAGCUAGCUAGCUGUUAGGUUUUGCUUAUUAUAACGAUUUUCGCUUCUUUAUUAGUGACAACUCAUAGUGAUGGAUUCAAUCACUGCUAAUCUUCUUGUCGGACUCCCGGUCAAUAUCAGCCGGAGUGAUGGACGGGUGCACUCUGCAAACGUCAAAGCUGUGGAUCAAGCGAAAUGUACUGUGAUGGUUGAGUGGCAUGAGAAAUCCGUAUGCCGAGGGAAAGAGAUAGAAGUUGAUGAACUAUGGACCUUGAACAAGGAGUUGCUUGAGCACAUAAAAGGCUCCAGUGAACCAUCCCCCAUUCCCCCUCCAGAGAAGAAAUAUGAGGGUCGUCUUCGCUCGUCACGGAUACCCGCCCCUUCCAAUUACACAACCCCAGCUGUCGUUCCUGAGGAGACAGUCCCCAGGAAGUCUGUGGUUCGGCAGACAUGUUUGUUCCGAACCCCUGCUCCGAUCCCAGAGCCGGUAGACAGCAAACCUGAGGCCGAGUCUUCAGAAUACUCCACCGCUGUCCUCAGAUCCUCUGGGGUGCCUAACAAGAAGAAGAGAAAGAACGACCCCCGACAGACAUCAACACUGCCCCCGGUCAGCGAAGCCUUUAAAGAGAACGAGGAGCUCAAGCCAACCACCUCAGCAACAGGCAGAAGAAAAUCGGUCCUGCCGCAAGACCUGAACAAGGGGAACAAGAGGUUGUCUUGCUCUGUCAAGGCCACAGACAACAAGAAGGGAAAGUUUGGAGACACUAACCGGCCAAACAAGCAGUUCUUCCAGAUGAUAGAGGACUACAGGGAAACCCUGACCAAGGCUCCAGUGUCUCCCUCGGACGUGCCUAAAAACCAUAGAAUCUGCGUGUGUGUUCGAAAGAGGCCGUUAAAUAAGCAAGAGCUGAUGAGGAAGGAGAUCGACGUGGUCACCAUCCCCGGUAACGGUUGCCUGCUGCUCCACGAGCCCAAGACCAAGGUGGACCUGACCAAGUACCUGGACAACCAGGUGUUCCACUUUGACUAUUCCUUCGAAGAGUCAUCUACUAAUGACACGGUCUACCGGUUCACUGCCAAGCCUCUUGUCCAGACCAUCUUUGAGGGAAGCAUGGCAACGUGCUUUGCCUACGGACAGACCGGAAGUGGGAAAACUCACACAAUGGGAGGAGAUUUCUCUGGAAAAAGCCAGAACAGUUCCAAAGGGAUCUACGCCUUAGCCGCCCAGGACGUGUUCACCCUGCUGAGACAGAGGAAGUUCUCCAGCCUGGACCUCUGCCCCUACGUCUCCUUCUUUGAGAUCUACAACGGCAAGGUGUACGACCUGCUGAACAAGAAGACUCAGCUCCGUGUGCUGGAGGACGACAAGCAGCUGGUGCAGGUGGUGGGACUGCAGGAGAAGGAAGUGUCCUGCCCCGAGGACGUCAUCAGGAUGAUCGAGACGGGCAGUGCCUGCAGAACGUCCGGCCAGACGUCAGCCAAUGCCAACUCGUCUCGCUCCCACGCCAUCCUACAGGUCAUCCUGCGGAGGCGGGGCAAGCUGCACGGGAAGUUCUCAUUGGUUGAUUUGGCAGGCAACGAGAGGGGGACAGAGGUCAGCGGCAAUGACAGAGCGGUCAUGGUGGAGACGGCUGAGAUCAACCGCAGUCUGCUGGCUCUCAAGGAGUGUAUCCGUUCACUGGGCCAGAACAGCGAUCACAUCCCAUUCAGGAUGAGCAAGCUGACCCAGGUCCUGCGGGACUCCUUCAUAGGAGAGAACUCCCGGACCUGCAUGAUUGCCAUGGUCUCUCCCGGCAUGGUGUCAUGUGACUACACUCUGAACACGCUACGCUACGCCGACAGAGUGAAGGAGCUGAACGGCCGGUCCAAGGCCAGCGGGGGGGACGCCCCCCAGAGUGCAGAGGUGUCCACGGAGGACAGCUCCUCUGAGGAGGUCAGCUCCGAGCCCAGCCCCACCACUACCAGCCUCAAAUCUGUUAUCAAACACUUGCAAGGUUGCAAAGUAUUCGAGCAGGACUCCAUCGUGCCCAUGACCAGUAUGUUCGAGGAGAUCUCCCAGGUGGCAGAGAUGGAGGAGAUGGUUCAUGAGGAGCUGAAGAGGGGCGAGGGGCUAUUGAGGUGUAUGGAGAAGACCUCCUACGACGUUGAGGCAGGCCUCCCAGAGCUGGAGGAAUACGCCACCAAACUGCUAGAAAGGGUUAGAGGUCUCAGGGCUGCGGUCAGUGAAGAGCAGAUGUCCCGCCUGUCCCCAAAACUGGCCUACCGCUGACCUGGAUGGCCCCAUCCUGCUCUCAUAAUCGGGUCCCCUUGUGAAAUCAUCUCCCUGAGUGGUGGAUCAGUUGGGCUGAGUGUAUGUCUCCAAUAACAUUUGAAAAGGGGGGGGGGGGG